AUGUCAAAAUUGGUUUUGCUUUUCCAAAAAACUUCUGUUUGUAAUAAAAAGAUAGAAAUACAAGAGAAAACUGUUAAGGCGAGAGAAGCAAUAAUGGCGGACACAACUGAGCAGAAAAGGACUGACUCUUACAUUCCAUGGUUUGUGGUUACCAUAUUUGUAGAAUCAUGUUUGAUUUUAAUCCUAAAUGGUGCCGCUAUUUGUAUCAUGUUGCGGAAAAAACUGACCAAAAAACUUUCGAAUUUAUUUUUGCUGUCUUUAUUGAUAAGUCACUAUACUGUUGGAUUGUGUGCUUGCGUAUUUGCGACUUAUCAACUCAUAACAAAGAAAAAUCCAAACAACAAAACGAAUACGUUGGAGAAUUGGAUAGCUUCUGUUUAUCACACCACAUUUGUGGUGUCCUUUGUAAGUACCAUCUCUAUAACAGUGGACAGGUUAACGGCUAUCAAGUUACCUUUUACGUACAACAACUGCACAAAGAGCUUCUUUGUGUACUGCUUCAUGAUCGCCUUAAUUUUACCGUUGAUAUAUUUUACUUUAAAAAUCACACAUUAUGACGAUUUGGCUUAUUCAUUGUAUAUAUUCAGCUUAGCAGUGGCCAUGGUGUUAUUGGUUGUUUCAAACAUUGUAAUACAUCAAGAAGUUAAUCGUCAAUGCGCUGCUAUAGCGUCGACCAUAGUUGCCAAAACGGUAAAGGAAAAAAAUAAACAGAUUGCGCACCUAAAAAAGCGGCAAACGAGUACACUAAGAAUUUGCUUUUUUAUGGUAUUGUCAUUUAUUUUAUGCUGGUUACCAACAAGUAUUAAUUGUAUUCUCCUCCUCUCUCUCGAUAACAGCUAUCCAUUUUUGUCCCAAAUAUUAAUUAUACAAAAGGGAUUGAUGAUUGUUGUGUUUUUAAACUCCUUGUUUGCUCCAAUUGUUCAUAUGUCAAUGAACAAAGAUGUCAAGAGUGAAGUGAAAAAUAUUAUCGCAAAGAAAAGAAAGAAGGUGAAUUAUAAAAGUGAAUCUACAUCAACGAGUCAGUUAUCAACAGAACACAGAAAUGCAUGCUGCAACAAGUAA